AUGGCCAGCGCCCCGAAAUUGAGCCUCUGCAUCCUCCUGGGCCCUGGCCUCCCGGGUGCCCGGGAAGGCGCGGUUAUGCCCGUCCUGCGCUGUGCCCAUCUGUUCAGUGCUUUUGCCCUGUGGCUCCCGAAACCUCCCGGGGGCCGCGGGGGGCCGGGGAAGGGAGGGAAGGCGGGGCCCGGCCCUGACCCGCCCGCUCUGUCCCCAGUGCUCAGCAUCGGGGAGGGCGGCUUCUGGGAGGGGACCGUGAAGGGGCGCACGGGCUGGUUCCCGGCCGACUGCGUGGAGGAGGUGCGCAUGCGGCAGCACGACGCCCGGCAUGCUGCCGGGGAGCAGAGGGCAGCCAGGGCUGGGCACCGCCUGCUUCAGGCCCAGCCCAAGAAGUUUCUGCGUCUGAGUCUGGGCGGGGACGGGCUCAGCGGCCCCUGCGGACUCCGGAGCCUGCAGGGGGGCGCCCGCAUCGUGGGCGGGCAGGACGCGCGCCUGGGCGCCUGGCCCUGGAUGGUCAGCCUGCAGGUGUACACCUACCACAGCAACCGGCGCUACCACGUGUGCGGGGGCACCCUGCUCAACGCCCACUGGGUGCUCACGGCCGCCCACUGCUUCGCCAAGAAAAAGAACGUGUACGACUGGCGGCUGGUGCUCGGCGCCCGCGAGGUGGUGUACGGCAGCAGCGCGCCCGUGAAGCCGCCGCAGCAGGAGCGCUACGUGGAGAAGAUCGUGCUGCACGAGCGCUACCUGCCCAGCCUGGAGGUCAACGACAUCGCGCUGCUCAAGGUCACGCCGCCCGUGUCCUGCGGGCGCUUCGUGGGCCAGGGCUGCCUGCCGCAGUUCAGGGCCGGCCCCCCCCGCGUGCCCCAGACCUGCUGGGUGGCCGGCUGGGGCCGCAGGGUGUCCCCCGUGCUGCAGGAGGCACGGGUGGACCUCAUCGACCUCGACCUGUGCAACUCCACCCAGUGGUACAACGGGCGCGUCCAGUCCACCAACGUGUGUGCCGGCUACCCCGAGGGCAAGGUGGACACCUGCCAGGGGGACAGCGGCGGACCCCUCAUGUGUGAAGACAAGGCGGAGCACACCUUCGUGGUCGUGGGGGUCACCAGCUGGGGGGUGGGCUGCGCCCACGCCAAGCGCCCCGGGGUCUACACCUCCACCUGGGCCUACCUGAACUGGAUCGCCUCUAAGAUCGGCUCCACCGCCCUGCAGGAGCCGCGGGUUGGCAGAAGGAAGCGGAGACGCAGCAGGCAGAUGGCGACCGGAGAGGCUCGGAGGGCGCCAGAGCACCGGGGUGGAGGCGCCCCCGCGGGCAGCCGCCUGACGGAAUCUGCCCUCACUGGACACCCGCCGUGGGAGACACGGACCCGCGCCCGCCGCCCAGGGCUGACGAAGCAGACACGGCGCUGA